CCAAAACAGAAAGAACAAAAUAUUUCAACUCCCAUAUUUUAGUCCCCUCUCUUAAUCAAAUGGAAGCUCACAAAAUUUUCUCUGUCACAGCCUACCUACUCUUUCUCACACUCACCAUUUUCUCUGCCACAUCAGCACGAACUCUCGAGGAGGAGCAGCUACCAGUUCCUGUAGUCCCUCCAUUGGCGUCCAAUACAGACGAGACACCUAUCAUCAAUGCUAAUGUUGCUGAUCAACAUACCUUAAUGUUCUUCAUGCACGACAUCCUCGGAGGAUCGAACCCCACGGCUCGAGCCAUGACCGGGAUAGUCAACAGCCCUGCAGCCAAUGGCCAACUGCCAUUUGCCAAACCCAAUGGGGCAGUCCUACCUUACAACAACGGGGUACCCCAGAACAACAACAACAACAUCCCUUUUCUCACAGGGCUAAGUGGAACAACAUCAAAUGUGGCACAAAACAACGGGAUCAAUGGCGGGUUCGGAAACUUCCCGAUAAACAGUGGACAGCUCCAGCCAGGCUCCGUGCUCCAAAAUCUCAUGUUUGGCACCAUGAGUGUGUUUGACGAUGAGCUGACUGAAGGGCAUGAGCUUAGCUCUGGUUUGGUUGGGAAGGCACAAGGUUUCUAUGUGGUGAGCUCUGAAGAUGGUACCAGCCAGACUAUGGGGUUCACGGCUAUGUUCGAAAGCGGGAGCUAUGCCGAUAGCCUGAGCUUCUUUGGGGUUCAUCGGACGGCUGUAUCAGAGUCUCAUUUGGCCAUCAUGGGUGGCACUGGCAAGUAUGUGAAUGCCAAAGGUUUUGCCAUAGUCAAGACCUUCCCUGCUUCCAAUCAGCAAACUGAUGGGGCAGAGACUCUGCUGCAAUUCACAGUUUAUCUCACUUACUAAUUUCUGUGAUUGAUUGAGCAGCAUUUGUAUUUCAAGUUUGUUUUAGAAUCCCAAAAGGAGCAGUAAAAAUUUGCUCUGUAAUUUGUAUGU